CUGAGCCUCUACUUUAGUCAAUCCUCAUUGGGUACCACUGCUUCUAUUGAGUGACUUGUGAUUUCUGUCUGUCAAAAAAUCUCAAUAAAAAAUGGGGCAGAAUCAGUCGGGUGCAGGUGGCACAGGUGGUGAUAAGAAGGAUGAUAAGGACAAGAAGAAGAAGUACGAGCCCCCAAUUCCAACUCGCGUGGGUAAGAAAAAGCGCAGGACAAAGGGUCCAGAUGUUGCCCUGAAGCUGCCACAAGUGACACCACACACUAGAUGUCGAUUGAAGCUCUUGAAAUUAGAGAGAAUAAAAGAUUAUCUGCUGAUGGAGGAGGAGUUCAUCAGGAAUCAGGAGAGAUUGAAGCCCCAGGAGGAGAAGAACGAGGAGGAGAGGUCGAAGGUGGACGAUCUCAGGGGCACUCCCAUGUCUGUUGGAACACUCGAGGAAAUAAUUGAUGACAAUCACGCAAUAGUUUCCACCUCUGUGGGAUCAGAGCAUUACGUAUCCAUUCUAUCUUUCGUUGAUAAGGAUCAACUGGAGCCAGGCUGCUCUGUUCUCCUUAAUCACAAGGUUCAUGCGGUCGUUGGAGUCCUUGGAGACGACACCGACCCCAUGGUAACUGUCAUGAAACUGGAGAAAGCACCUCAGGAGACUUACGCUGAUAUUGGAGGUCUCGACACUCAGAUUCAAGAGAUCAAAGAAUCUGUGGAGCUUCCCCUGACCCAUCCAGAGUACUACGAGGAGAUGGGCAUCAAACCUCCAAAGGGGGUGAUCCUCUACGGUCCCCCGGGCACUGGGAAAACACUCCUUGCAAAGGCUGUGGCUAAUCAGACCUCGGCGACGUUCCUCCGGGUCGUUGGCUCCGAGCUCAUCCAGAAAUACCUCGGGGAUGGCCCCAAACUCGUGAGGGAGUUGUUCAGAGUUGCUGAGGAGCACGCACCAUCUAUUGUUUUCAUCGAUGAAAUCGAUGCUGUUGGCACCAAACGAUAUGACAGCAAUUCAGGGGGUGAGAGGGAGAUCCAGAGGACGAUGUUGGAGCUUUUGAAUCAACUCGAUGGUUUCGAUAGUCGUGGAGACGUGAAGGUGGUGAUGGCAACGAACAGAAUCGAGACCCUGGACCCAGCCCUGAUCCGUCCAGGUCGUAUAGAUCGUAAAAUAGAGUUUCCCCUGCCCGACGAGAAGACAAAACGCCGAAUCUUCAGCAUCCAUACGAGUCGAAUGACCCUAGCACCAGACGUGAACCUUGGAGAGCUCAUAAUGUCCAAGGAUGAUCUCUCAGGGGCUGAUAUCAAGGCUAUUUGCACAGAGGCAGGUCUCAUGGCCCUCAGGGAACGUCGCAUGAAGGUGACGAGUGAUGAUUUCAAGAAAUCCAAGGAGAGUGUUCUCUACAGGAAGAAGGAGGGAUCACCCGAGGGCCUCUACUUGUAAAAUCCUAGGUCAAACAAUUAUCGAGACUUUUUUGAUUUUUUUUUUUUCUCUAUUAAUCAUUCACGUGUAUUCGUACGUUUAAUAAAAGGAAUUAAUUAUUCUAAUGAA